GCUGACAGUGACGUAACCACGGCCUGCACAACAAGAGGAAGAAGACGAGGCGUCCGAGGCGAGUCAGGUUGUGUUUGUACGCACUGCCUGUCUCAAUUCAUUGAUAAUGGCUUUGUUUGGCAAGCUGUUUGGUUCUGGGGGCAAGACGGGGAAGUCUCCGAGCCCACAGGAAGCCAUUCAGCGCCUUCGGGAGACGGAGGAGAUGUUAACCAAGAAACAGGAGUUUCUAGAGAAGAAGAUUGACCCUGAGCUUCAGACGGCGAAGAAGCACGGCACCAAAAACAAGAGGGCUGCACUUCAGGCCUUGAAGAGAAAAAAGAGAUAUGAAAAGCAAUUGGGACAGAUUGAUGGUACGCUGUCCACUAUUGAGUUCCAGAGGGAGGCACUGGAGAAUGCCAAUACUAAUACUGAAGUACUGAAAAACAUGGGAUUUGCAGCCAAGGCCAUGAAGGCAGCACAUGAAAACAUGGACAUUGAUAAGGUGGAUGAACUGAUGCAGGAAAUUACUGAACAACAGGAGCUUGCUCAAGAGAUCUCGGAUGCCAUCUCAAAGCCUGUUGGAUUUGGUGAGGAUUUUGAUGAGGAUGAAUUGAUGGCGGAAUUAGAAGUUUUAGAGCAAGAGGAACUAGACAAAAACCUUCUGGAGAUUGGUGGCCCAGAAACGGUGCCACUUCCCAAUGUGCCUUCUACAUCAUUACCAGCAAGACCAGCAAAGAAAGAAGAAGACGAGGAUGAUAUGAAAGACUUGGAAGCCUGGGCAGCAAUGUAACUUUGCAUGGGUGAAGAAAGCACAGACUGUCAGCUUGCACAGCGGCCAUACAUAUGUGGUUGGGAGGAAAUUUUACACAGAAAACCUGUAGCUCUUAACGUCUACUUAAUGCAGUGAGGGGUGUGCUGAUUCAUGUCCGCUGCUUCCAAGAAGAAAAGAGAAUCAGUGGAAGUUCUACAGACCCCUGGUGCAUCCCUACAUGACUGACUGCAGCACUCCUCUGCUUUUUACUGGACAUAAGCAGCACUUUUCAGUCCACCUUCACCUCACCAAAUUCUUAGACUUGCCGCUUUCAUGUCCAUGUAAAAGGACAGUUUUGAGAGAGUCUGGCCUUGGAUUCAUGCUCCCUUGGAAGGGUUGCACUAUUUAAAAAAAAAAAAAAAAAUCUAUCAUUUUUAUUUUUUUCUUCUUUUCAAAAAAUACAUUUCUGGGUGAUGUGUAUGCAGGAGUAGAGAGAUCUCUCAUUUUGAAGGCUCCUGGCUAGCAGGAUGGCAUCUUAUUGGUCAUGGUUUCAUCUUUCUGUCUGGUUUGUGACAACCUUUAUCGGUUCUGGGUGGCAUUUGGGCUUUUUGACCUGUGUCAACUUUGAACUAAAUUAUUUUUAAAGACAUGUUUAUAGAAUCUUUGUUUCUAAUGGGCUGACAUUACAUGUAGGGCAGCUUGCUGCUAAAAUUGGGUUUGUAGGGUGAUUUCCUCAAAUUUCUAUUUCAGACUUAAUGGUACACUUUGUGUGGCUCCUUCACCUCAUGGCCCAAGUGCACAUCUUGCCUUUUUAUGCCCACCACAUUUUAAGUGGCUGCAUGAUAAACAUUUCAUCCUCUGCAGAUUGUGCUCACUUGUCCCAGUGGUACAAAGAAAACCUCAGACUGGGGGCCCUCAGGGCCAGUACAAUUGCUCAUAUAAUGAGUUCAAAAAGUUAGAGAUCCUUAGGAAUUCUAAACUAUUUACAUGAAAUCCUGUAUGUUUUGCCACAUGCUGGCAUGAAGAAGGUAGAAUACAAGGCUGUUUUCUUUUUAUUUUCUUUUUUUUCCUUAAACAUCAACACCACAGUGUGUGUUUUUUUUUUUUUUUUUGUUUUUUUUUGUUUUUUCUGCAAGCAGUAACAUGAACAGCAGCAUGUCUCCAUUUCUGUGUACCACUGAUCAAGAUACAUUAUGAUUUGUCACUUAUUAAACUACUUGAUUAAUUAUU